UGAAUUCCAGUUUUAAUGGAUGAUUUACACGUUUUUCCAGUAUUUAUUAUAUAUAUAUUUUUUUUUUUAAAGUAUCACAUAAAAACAUUUUUUGACAAAUUACUCAUAAUCCAUAUUGUGAUUUCCCGACAAUAGUAAAGGCAACACACUAAGAGGCGUUCACUGCCCUGCUCAGAAAUGUCCGCUUAGACCUCCGCCGACGUCAGUGCCAUCGCCACCAUGUUGGAUCAGGAAGUAGGCAGUCUUCGCAAGAAUACCGAACAGAGCUUAACGUCAACGGCCGCUGUCUCGUCUUGAUCAACCGGUCUUUCACCUCCUUCAUUUGUCCUCUUCUAAAAUUCAGCUUGCAUGCUGCACGGCUCCCUAUCUGACCGAGGUAGGCGCCUGUCUUCAAAUCCGACCGUUCCGCAGCCCCAGCUAUGACUUCUCUCACGCAGAGGACCUCGGGCCUCGUCCAGCGGAGGACCGAGGCCAUUCGGAGCGCCGCCGCCGCCGAGAAGGAGAAGGACUCCGGCGGGGAGGAGGACGAGGCUCGCCGAGGGGAAGAGGAAGAGGACGACAAGGGGGACUCGAAAGAAACCAGGCUGACGCUCAUGGAAGAAGUCCUGCUUCUGGGCCUCAAGGAUCGAGAGGGCUACACGUCUUUCUGGAACGACUGUAUUUCUUCCGGCCUCCGCGGCUGUAUGCUGGUAGAACUGGCCCUUAGAGGUAGAGUACAGCUAGACGCCUGCGGCGUCAGGAGGAAAAGCCUUCUGGCAAGAAAGGUUAUUUGCAAGUCGGAUGCUCCAACAGGAGAUGUGCUACUGGAUGAGGCAUUGAAGCAUAUUAAAGAAACUCAGCCUCCAGAGACGGUGCAGAGCUGGAUAGAGCUCCUCAGCGGAGAGACCUGGAAUCCCCUGAAGCUCCACUACCAGCUCCGAAACGUCAGAGAACGUCUGGCUAAAAACCUGGUUGAGAAGGGGGUGCUCACCACGGAGAAACAGAACUUCCUGCUUUUUGACAUGACCACGCAUCCGCUCACCAACAGCCCCAUUAAGCAGCGCCUUGUCAAGAAAGUCCAGGAUUCCGUUUUGGAGAAGUGGGUCAACGAUCCCCAUCGCAUGGACAAGCGGGUGCUCUCCCUGAUUCUCCUGGCUCACUCGUCUGACGUGCUCGAGAACGCCUUCGCCCCGCUCCAGGACGAGCAAUACGACCUAGGCAUGAAGAGGGUCCACACCCUGCUUGAGCUUGAGCCCGAGAAGGAGAGCACAAAGCCCAACGCCAAUGAACUCAUGUGGGCUGUGGUUGCUGCGUUUACUAAAUGAAAACACCUAACUGGUUGUGACUGAAAAGACCUUCCUGUGGUCCAGGUUAUUUAAUUGGUAGAAGGACUUAAUGAGACAGACUUCACUUAAAUGAGACAAUCUAUUCUGGUUGAGGAGCCUGUUCAUACAUCUAUUCUGGAUGACAUUUUUUUGGUGGUAGUCCAUAUUAACAAAGUGCAGUCUGAUUGGUGGUGGGUUUCACCAAGUAACUGUUGAUUGGAUGGAAUGGUGUCUGAAUGGAAAACAACAACGGGCUGCUUUCACACAAGUGAGGUAAGUGAUCUGCCACCGUGGACUAUGGAUCUAUUUAGAAACAUCAACACUACAAGCGGACGAACUUCUGCUUGCACAGGAGGACGCCAGAGAGCAAAGCAGAUGGCGAUAGUAGUCAUGGUGAAUAUGAAGAAACUGACCAGAGCCAAGUUUUGCAUCAAACAAAAAAAACAAACGUCACCUGCAUUGCUUCAAGAUCUGGCCACGGUUGGCAACUAGUCUCUGUACGCUCGUUCAUGCUAAUUCAAGGAUUAAAAGACAGCAAAUUACAUGACUAUAGAUGCUCUUUGCACUCACCGACCCCCACUUCCACCAGCUCAUUCCCACUGUGUUAGGGAGAAAUUGCUUACCGUUACUGUUGGAACAGAAUACCUGAAUGUUUUACAGAUUGUCACAUUGUUUUGUCCUCAAACGCUUUUUCUCCUCCCUUCUUCCUCAUGGCAUCCUGAGAAAGAAAGGGGGGGAUAAAAACACCUUAGUUCAGUCCUUGCACCACUGACAGGAAGGUGGAUCACUUGACCCUGAGACCUAAAUGAAGAAUUUAACCUCAAGUGUAUUUAAUAAACAAAUCAUUUUAAUUUGCUUUUUGUUUUUGCGAGGGUCCAUUCUGUGUUUUAUAGAACAUGGCUAGUCUCACCAUUGUUGUUUAUGUUGCUAGCUGAUGUUUGGACUAGCGUUUCAUUUAUCACCUAUUAUGCUCAAUCUUUACCUGUGUAGGUUGGAUUGUAUUUAUAGGUAUUUUACAGGGUUGUGUAACUUUAAAAAUUAGGAACCUUAGCAACUAUGACAAAAGAAUUUAAAAAAAGCUCUUCAUGUAGAGAGCUUCCGGGUAAUUAUAGCUUCUGCUUACAUUUCUGUAUGAGUUAACAGGUAAAGGUGCUCGCAGAAACUAAUCUCAGAUUGGGAUCUCUGAGGAUAAGAGUUACGUGGUUACUUACAGAAAUUUGCUAUACAGGUUUGUUUCAGUUGUUGGUGUCGAUUCGUUUUGUUCUUCAUAGUAAUUAAACACGUCUCCUCUCUGAAUACUGAUGGUUUUGCACCCAUGAAGACUUAAAAGUCUUGUUUAUGCAGAGCAGUUGUUUAGAUUGUUUUACAAAAUUCAGAGGCCCCAUUCCCCACUUGGCUGUAAACAGUUUUCCGUCUGUGGAGGAAAUCACACCUGGAAAUUAGUCCAUAAAAAUCGGGGAUAUAUAUAUAUGUAUAUAUAUAUAUAUAUAUAUAUAUGUGUGUAUAUAUAUAUGUAUAUAUAUAUAUAUAUAUAUGUAUAGUCAAUGUAAUCUUUGUAUAAUGUGAAAUUGCUUUUUGUUCGAUGGCAUACAUGUUUUUUUUUCUGUUUGGUGUUAAUUUCUUCAUGCAUACCGAGAGGUUUGAAGAACUGUUCCAAUGCGUUUACAGCAAAGAGACCAUGCAUGCUAUUGGUGGCGGGCCCGGGGUGCUUAACGGAUGUAGCCACAAAGAACAGGCUUGUAUGUAAUUAUUAGUCAUUUACGUGUACGAUCUAAUGGAAUUCAAUGAAAGGGAUCUACUCUGCUAUCCUCUAUAAUUCUGUAUGCUUUUUUUGUAUUACCACAGAAAAUAAAGUAAGGAUCCUUUAAGUGCCUGAAUUCA